AUGUUUACUAAUCGUUUUUUAUUUAUUCGACGUUUACCAACAUUCAUCAUUGUCUGGCGUCAUAAUCUAAUAAAUCCUAUAACUCAAAUCUCAACAUCUCAUUCUCAAGAACUUUACAAUUGGAAUGUAGCAAUGACACAAUCGAAUAAACGUAAAACACCUAAAAAUACACUUGUACUAUUCGAUAAAUUAAUUACUCAACAUUCAGAUAUAACACCGGAUUUUAUUACUUAUCUUCUUGUUUUGGGUGCUUGUAUACGUUUAGGUAAUCUUAAUGAAGGAAAACGUAUUCAUGAAUAUAUUCAACAAAGAUGGUCAACAACAAUUGAAAAAAAUGAAGAAAUUAAAAUACAUACGUGUCUUGUACAACUUUAUGCUACAUGUGGUGAUUUAAAAACAGCUGAAGAGAUUUUCUAUAAAGAACAUCUUGAUCAACAUGCUAUACCAGUAAAUACUUUAAUGAAAGGUUAUAUAAUAAAUAAUCGAGCGGAUUUAGCUGUUCAACUUGCUGAAUGUUUACCAAAGAAUGAACGAAAUAUUGUUACAUUCCUUUUAUGGGCAAAUGCUAUAGCACAAAUAGGUGAUAUUCAAAUGGCUGAUCGAAUUCAUAGAGAAUUAAAUACUUUAUCGUCUUCAACUCAAUCUUUUUUUGCUCAUGAUCGUAGAUUAAUUAAUGCAUUAAUUGAUAUGGAUGGAAAAUGUGGAAAUAUUAUACGAAUGGAAGAAACAUUUAAAAAUAUGAAACAACCAGAUAUUAUUUCAUUUACAGCUAUGGCUAAAGCAUAUAUUGUUAAUGAUUUACCUGUUAAAGCUCUUACUGUAUAUGAUCAUUUAAAACAUACUAAUCAAAUUGGUUGUGAUGAAGUUAUUUAUUUAGUUGCAUCAAAUGCAGCUGGUAAAUUAGGUUUAUUAUCUCGUGCUCGUUCAAUUCAUGAUGAUAUUAUAUCAAGUGGAAUACCAUAUGAAACAAACGAAAAAAUUCUCAAUACACUAAUGGAUACAUAUGGAAAAUGUGGAGAUUUAAAUUCAGCUAGAGAAAUUUUUGAUAAAUUAAAAAUAAAAAGUAAACCAAGUAUUUCAUCAAUGAUUAACAUAUAUGGAAUAAAUUCUCAUGCAUUAGAAGCUGUUGCUUUAUUUUAUGAAACAAAAAAUAAUUUAUCAGGCAAUAUUCAAUCAAUAUUACUUAGUGUUUUGACUGCUUGUGCUCAUGGUGGUCUGAUAAGAGAAGCACAAAAAAUAUUUGAUGAUAUUCCCACUGAUAAACGAACAGUCAAAAUGUGGAAUGCACUUGUGAGUGUGUAA